AUGAAUUUUUCAGCGGUGCAAGAAUGGAAAGAGCGCUUAUGUGACGCAGGCUUUGAGGAGCUGGACGAGGGCGAUAAAUGGGACACUAAACCUCUUGGCAGAUAUUUUGUCACUAAAGGCCGAGCGACCAUCCUGGCGUUCGUCGUCGGUGGAAAAUUCCAGCCGGGAAAUGGAUUUUCAAUUAUUGCCGCUCAUAAUGACUCCGUGUAUCCUCGUGUGAAGCCAAAGUCAAAAUUGCAGUCAGAAAAGUACAAUCUGAUCGGAAUCAGAACCUAUGGAGAAGGCCUAUGGCAUACAUGGUUUGAUCGUGAUUUAUCGAUUGCUGGUGAAGUUAUUGUUAAAUCG